AUGGCGCCUAUAUCUACAGAUGACCUCCGCUCCUCCACAGCGAAACCUACCAAGAUCCAAAAUACAGACACCAAGAAACCAAUUGCCACCAGCAUGGCUGAAUCAAAAAUGCCUUCGUAUCCCGGACUAGGUCGUUGGACCCUCCUCGAAACAAUGGGCAAGGGCGGAUUUAGUAAUGUCUACCGUGCCGAAGACUCAACUUCGGAAUACGGAGAGGUUGCCAUCAAGGUGAUGAGAAAAUAUGAAAUGAAUAAACAGCAGAUAGAUAAUAUGAACAAGGAGAUUCAUAUCCUAGAAGAAGCAAAGCACCCUCAUAUCGUGCAAUUCAUCGACUCUUUUGAGACACGCCAAUACUGUUAUAUCAUCAUGGAGCUCUGCACUGGUGGAGAGCUCUUUAACCAGGUCAUUAAAUUAACAUACCUCAGUGAGGAUCUCAGCAGACAUGUCAUUCUUCAAGUUGCCAAAGCUGUGGAAUAUCUGCAUGGCACUCUAGGUGUUGUUCACCGUGAUAUAAAACCCGAAAACAUCUUCUUCUAUUCCAUACCAUGGACACAGGGCAACAAAAUUAAUACUGGUUUGGACGAAGAAAAAGCCGACGAAGGCGAGUUCGUCCCUGGAGUUGGAUGUGGUGGCAUAGGAAAGAUCAAACUCGGAGACUUUGGUUUAUCCAAAUUGAUUUACGGAUAUGGCAAUCAAACCAUGACACCCUGCGGGACCAUGGGAUAUGCUGCACCUGAGCUUAUUUCAGAUCAAGGGUACUCGAUGGGAGUUGAUAUGUGGGCUCUUGGAUGUGUGCUGUUCACACUCCUCGUUGGGUUCCCUCCGUUCUACGACCCAAACAUCGGAAUUUUGAAGAGACAAGUUACCCGUGGAGAAUAUACUUUCCAGUCUCCGUGGUGGGACAGCAUCUCCCAAGAUGCAAAAGACCUUGUUUCCAACCUUCUCACUGUCGAUCCCGGGAAAAGGUUCACGAUUCAAGAGUUUAUGGCCCAUCCCUGGAUCCAACAGGGACCAGGUGAAACCAAAUCUGCCUAUGCAACUCCAAGUCCGGAUUCUCAGACCGCCACUACUGGGAAAGAGUCAACCUCGAAUCACCAUGCAGUGAAGAACGACCAUCUUGCAACCCCACGUUUGACUGCUGGAAAUCAAGUCGGUUUCCGCACUCCCGAUACAAUGAACGUUCGCGAAAUCUUCGAUGUUGCAUUUGGCGUACAUCAACAUGAAGAAGAAAUAAAAAGACAAGAAAGGAUCGCUGCCGGAGGUAGAGCUACGCCUGCAGGUCCUCCUGUCGGAUCAUUCAAUCGCGCAAAUCAGGGUUUGUCUACGCCAGCACAACUGCGACAACCACGCCAGACGAGCGUUUCACCCUCUUGCCCCAAUGGUGGUUUCAAUCGAAGAGAGAAGCCCCAAGAACCACAAUCAUUGUUCAAGCUUAGCAUGCAAAACAGCCUUCUGCUUGAGAAACGAAGACAGAUGUCAUAG